AUGCAGCCUGCCAGCAGUAGCUCUGCACCGAGAGUUGGAUCAAGCACUACGGCGAAUCGUCCUACUACAGCACCCAUUUCGAGGCCUGGAACAACAUCGAGGGUUGGUAGUGCCUCGACUGCCGCAAAGAAGGUGACGGAUGCCGCAAAGAAGGUGACGGAUGCCGGUGCUGCAGCUGUGAAAACAUCUUCCGCGAGGGUUCCAGCAACGCGAGAUGCGAAGCUCGGCAAAGACAGCACCAACCAGCAGCUGGCUGGUGCAAGACGAACGGAAAUAACUCAGAGAAGUGCUGCUAGUAGGACGGCCACCGCGUCAAAAACUGCCGCAACAAAGCCAACGACAACAAGCAAGUAUGCUGCUGUUAGAGCAGUUCCCAAGGGGGGCGGCACCGCUGCUGCCGCAGCAAAAGCUGCUGCUGCUGAAAAUCAAAGCAAUGGAGAACCUGCUGCCAACUGCAAUGGGACACCAGAAGAGAAGGGCACGCUGGAACAGAAAGACAACAAGGAAGCCUUUGCGCCUGCAGGCGAACCAGGCAUCCUGAGCAAUGGCAGCCACCCGGAAAGCGACGAAAUAGCUAAACCCGCUGCCAUUGCGGAAAACAUGCCUGACGUCCCUGCUGUGGAUGUGUAG